AUGGAGACUAGCAAGCGAAACAACGACGCGGCGGAUGCGCUGUCCUCACCUACCAACCCGGCGCACUGGUACGCCUACGCGUCCUCCCUCUAUCUCAUCCUCCUUUCGCUGCCUCUUCUUCUGUUCCCUCGAUUGCUCCUCCUGCUGUCGACGCCGCGUGGGGCGGUGGGUCAGCCUUCGUCCUCGAACGAUGGCAAUGCGAUCUCGGCCAUAGGUCCCGAGCUUACCCCCUUGGAACGCUACGGAUCGCACUCCAACGCCAUCUCGAUGCUCGCUAUGGCCGCGUUGAUCCUCAUCCUCUCGGGUGCGAUUCCCGUCACCACCGCUCCCAUGCCGGACUCGUCCUCCUCCGGCAAAUCCCCUUUCCGCAUCCCAACCGUCGUUGUAACGGCGCUGUUCUUCGCAGCAAACGCCUUCACCGCUUGGUCCCAGGCCGGUCCCCGCACCGCCAAAGAUGCCGCCGACCCUGCCAAGUUGGGCAUUGGAACGUUCGGCAAAGUCGUCGGCCUCACUCACGCCGCGUUUGCCUUCUGGGGCUUUGGCGUCUUCAUGUUCGGAAACGAUCUGACGAGGAACAGGAAGAAGGCAGGUGACAGCGGGGCCAAGGAUAAGAGCGUAAGCGGGUUCCCGUUCAAGAACCAGUAUGCGUCCGAGGAGAAGGCUAAGAAGUCGAGCUAG